AUGCCCACCUAUUCCUUUUCCUCGCAGCGGCUGCAGGCCCCUGUGCCCACUGGCGGCUACCACAGCGGCAUGAGCAGCAGAAGCAGCCGCAGCGCCAACAGCAUUAAUGGCAUUAGCAGUGGCAGUAGUAGUAGUAGCAGCAGCAGCAGGUAUAGGCAACCAAGCACCUGUCCCCUAAAGUAUCUCCGCUUCUGGUUUGUAGUUUCUAUUGCUGGUGCUCUGUGGUUGCUGCUGCUGCUGUCUCCUUUUCUAGGUAAGGGGGGCUUUGGCUCUCCUUGUAUAUUCAGGCAGCAACCGCAGCAGCAAGGGGGCCUAACACAACUCUACAGCAGCAGCGGCAGCAGCAGCGGCAGCAGGGACAAGGGCAACCGCUGCAGUAGCAGUAGCAGCAGCAGUAGCAGCAAAGACAGUAUGCCUCAGGAGCCACACCACAAGGGGCACCAGAAGGGGAAGAAAGCAACACCUGAGAGCAGUAGCAGCAGCAGCAGCGGCACUAGCAGCAGCAGCGGCACUAGCAGCAGCAGCGGCAGCAGCAGGGAGGGAGGAUUUGAUGGUAGCAUACAGGGAGACACCAGCUUCAUGGUUACCAGCAGAAGGCUCAAUCAAGGAGACACAGAGAGCCCCUUAGCAUUCGGUGAUGGUGCAACAGUUGCUGCUGCUGCUGCUUCAGAUGCAGUUGCUGCUGCUGCUGCGCCAGGUGGUGUGACAGCAGCAAUAGCAGAUGCAGCUGCAGCUGCAGCACCAAGCGAUGGUUCUGCAGCAAAACACAAACAUCGUGCAGCAGCAGAACCAACUGCUGCUGGUAAGAAGCAUAGGGCGUCUGCUGCACCUGGACACGAAGCAGCAGCAAGGCAUCACGCUGACACAAAGACAGCAACAACGACAACAGCAGCAGCAGCAACACAAGCAGCAGAAGCAGCAGAAGAGAGUGCCAGCAGCAGCAAGUCUUGGUUACCGCCUCGUCCGAUGUUAGUGGGGCAAAGAGGUCUUCCUCUACUGCGCCCUGAGAAUACGAUAGAAUCCUUUCGCGCUGCUCGUGCUGCUGGAGCUACAGCAUUUGCUACUGAUGUUCGUAUUGCUGCCAGCCACACCCCAUACUUAUUUAGAGACAACACGUUUGCUCGAAUGACGGAUGCCUCUCGCGUAUUCCCUGCUGCUGCGUCUGCCCCUGUUGACUUAUUUGCAUGGACAGACAUUGCUGCCCUUAAUCCAGGGGCCUGGUGGAUCGAGCGCGACAUAUACGGAACAGUUAGCAGCAUUGACGUGAAGACUCGCGAAGCGAUUGCAGAACAACGUACGUAA